AUGGGUGUGUGCUCACGGCGCUUCUUGUUCCUUCUGGCGAUCAGCGCCUGCGCCAAGGGCGGCCGCGCGGACCUGGCCCUGGGCCUCCUCGAGGGCAUCGAGCGGGCGCGCCUGCGCCCCGACGUGGUCAGCCUCAACGCCAGCAUCAGCGCCUGCGACUGGGGCGGCCGGACCACCGGCGACACGGAGACGUGGCUCAACGUGGUCCAAAUUGCAGCUGGCACAGUGGGGCUGGAGGUGCCCUGGGGCAGCUUGCAGCUUCUCAGAGGCCGGUGCCACGGAGAUGUCAGGACGCCGCAGGGCGAGGGUAGGUACAGCCAAG